CCUUUAAGGGAGCUGAGGGCCGCACUGAUUGGCUGAGGUCAGGAAUCCGCCACUGCCAGCCAAUCCCGAGGCCCUUCGGGGCCAGGCCCUAUUCCUACUGCUGUCGGAGCAGCGACCCGCCUGGAGGCCGCAGUUAAGAUCACCGUGACCCCUUGAUUCCACCGCCCGCUGCCCAGUGAGUGAGCGCCGGCCGCAGGUCAAGAUGGGCUUUAUACUUUCAAAACCUAUGAAUGAAAACAUGAAAAAUCAAAAGGAGUUCAUGCUUAUGAAUUCACGACUUCAGCUGGAAAGGCAGCUAAUAAUGCAGAAUGAAAUGAGGGAAAGACAAAUGGCCAUGCAGAUUGCUUGGUCUCGGGAAUUCCUCAAAUAUUUUGGAACCUUUUUUGGCAUUGUGGCCAUCUCUUUAACAGCUGGAACAGUAAAAAGAAAGAAGCCAGCCCUUCUCAUCCCUAUUGUUCCUUUAGGCUUUAUCUUCACCUACCAGUAUGACUUGGCCUAUGGAACCCUUCUACAAAGAAUGAAAGGUGAAGCAGAGAACAUACUGGAUACAGAAAAGAGUAACUUGCAGCUGCCAAGAGGAAUGAUCACUUUUGAAAGCCUUGAAAAAGCCAGAAAGGAACAGAGUAAAUUCUUCAUAGACAAAUGAAAUCACAUUUACCCACUGAAUCUCAAAGCACUAAAUUGUUGACUUGAAUCAUGAUUUCUGCAAUUUUUUCAAUGCGUGAGAUUUUGAUAUAAUGGAUUUUAUUUUGAAAAAUUAAAAUACAGCGUGAGUUUUGUUAAACUAUUUUAAAACAAAAUUUGUAACAUUUAAUAUAAAAAUCAUGAAGGUACUCUAAAUACUUUUGAGAUUUCCUGUGUAUGUCUGUGUAUUACAAAUAUCUAAAUGCAAAAUUAAUAAAUUAUUUUGUUUUGAAAUCCUAGAAACAAAUG